AUGUCGAACGAAAACGGGGACGACACCGUCAUGGACGACGCGCAGGAGUCUCAAAACGGCGAGCAGGCCGCAGAUGAGCUUGAACUGGACGAGACCAAGUUGUUCCUGCUCCCCGGCUCCACGCCCACGGCGGCUUCAUUUGAGUUCCGUGACGAGGGCCACACUUUGGGCAACGCCCUGAGGUACAUCAUCAUGAAGAACCCUGAUGUCGAGUUCUGUGCCUACGCCAUUCCCCAUCCUUCAGAGGCCAAGAUGAACAUGAGAAUCCAGACCUACGAGGGCACCACUGCUAUUGACGCCCUCAAGAAGGGACUCAAGGACCUCCAAGAUAUGUGUGAUGUUGUCGCCGAAAAGUUCUGGGACGCAAGGCAGUCUGUUCCUCAGAUCCCAGCCCCCUCCAAGAAGCAGUUGCAGUCCAACGGCGAGCCACGGCUGUUCGACUAG